UCCGUGAACGGUGACAUCACGCAUAAGACCUAAAGCAGUGAUAAGAUAAUCCGGUAUCCGGCUGUCAGGUGACGUCGGGGUCCGAGAAGCAGCCGCAAACUAGGCACUCCGUACAGACACUGAAUAAUGCAAUGCAGGCUGGGGGGACCUGAAGAGUGGAGUGCCUCCCCUAGCUGCAGCGUCGUUGUGGUGCUUGGUUGCUGCGUGCACCACCAUGGAUUACUGGGGGCAGGCGGCAGUGUUAUCCUUCACUCUCCCCUUGGCUAUUGGGGUACUUCCUGGUUGCCCGCCAGGCCAGACCCGAACCCCGACCCGCCCUCUCUGUACACCGAUUGGAACAGGGCGACCAUUGCGUCGUGCAUGGCGAACGUACGUCUGGUCUGUAUGGUGUUUCGAGCUGAGGCCACGAUCUAACAGUGAGAGCGUGCUUCGCCGACUCCGGCCAUGCUGGUGGAAACCCCGUGCUUUGAUCACACCCGUUCAAACUGAUUUUACGCAUGCAAUAUCCACCGUGAAGGAAGAAAAACGACUCUGUUUCUCCUUGGUCGUUAGCAGAACGAAGUAGACGCGCGCAACCGGUCAUUGAAACCCAUCCGCAAGCUCUCUCUUGGCGGCUAUUGGAGGGAAGCGCAGCAGCACACCUUUUCGCCCAAAACGUGGGCAACCACAAUUCGGCCAAACGUUCCUAACUACAUCAUUCCCCCCCCAUCCAACCCGAACGUUGAAGCCAUUUUCGCACCAUCCCUCCGUCGUCCUCCUACGUCCUACCAAGACGUCCGAUCAUCCGCCAAAGUCGAAUCCAUCUGGUUAUUUCGCAAAGGGAAACAAACACCGCCCUCCAAACCGCCCUCCCUCCACGACCGAACGCUAAGACAGACCGAGAGGAGGGAACGAGAGACAAGGGACGACCGACGAUAUUCCAUGAUCCCGACCGCCGCUACUUCAACCUCGACGACCGCAGCCAGAUGACCGACAGCUAGCUGGAUUCUGCGCGCGCAAUGGGGUCCCUUGGCGGCAUCUCCCCCGGGGGUACAAUCGCUAUCGGAAUCAUCGUCGGACUCUUAUCCACGAGCGUCCAGAGUCUGGGUCUCACCCUCCAGCGGAAGUCCCACAUCCUCGAAGACGAAAAGGGUCCGCACGAGAUACGCCGGCCUCCGUACCGAAGGGGCAGAUGGCAGCUGGGGAUGGGCAUGUUCAUCGCCGCCAACCUGCUCGGUAGCUCCGUGCAGAUCUCGACCCUCCCUCUCCCUGUGCUCUCGACCCUGCAGGCCUCGGGCCUUGUCUUCAAUUCGAUAUGCGCCACCCUCAUCCUCAACGAACCCUUCACGAGGUGGUCGCUCUGGGGCACCUUGCUGGUUUGCGCCGGCGCCGUGCUGAUCGCCAUCUUCGGCGCCAUUCCCGCGCCUGCUCAUAAUCUGCAGGAGCUGCUGGAGCUGCUGGGCCGCAAGCCGUUCAUCGUGUGGAUGGUCAUGCAGGCUUUCCUGGUCCUGUCCAUCGCCAUCAGCGUCGACUGCCUCGACCACUUUACGAGCAUGUCGCUUAAUUCCAAGUUCCGCUUCGCCCGUGGUCUUGCCUACGGGUGCAUAAGCGGCAUCUUGUCGGCGCAUUCACUGCUGGUUGCCAAAUCGGCCGUCGAGCUGAUCAUUAAGACGAUCGCGGACGGCAAUAAUCAGUUUGUCCACUGGCAGGCGUGGGUUCUCGUGCUGGCGCUCGUCAUUCUGGCUCUGAGUCAGCUCUACUAUCUACAUCGUGGUCUGAAGCUCGUUUCGACCUCGGUGCUGUACCCCCUGGUGUUCUGUGUCUACAACAUCAUUGCGAUCCUGGACGGCUUGAUAUACUUCAAGCAAACGGACAUGAUCAACCCCCUCCGCGCGUGCCUUAUUGCGCUGGGGACCGCGAUCCUACUGGCUGGCGUGUUGGCUUUAUCCUGGCGCCUUAGCGACGAGCAGCAUACACCGGGCGUCGGCCAAUCUUCCCUGGCACCCGGCCUCGGCCUAGUGGAGGACACAGAAGACGAGGAGGAGUCUCUUUUGGGCGGCGGCGACGACCUCUACAGCCUCCACGAAGAGGACGACCCGUUGCCUGCAACGACCUACUCGACAUUCCACGUGGCGAGCGGCGAGACAACACCGUUGACCCCCACACCCAAACGCAAGAAGACCGGCAGGAGAUGGCAGGAACGCGCCGAGAUCUGGGGCGAGCUCGAGGACCGCGACACGCCUAGCCCGCCCGUGUCACGCAGGCGCUCCAGCACGAUGCCUGACGUCGGCGAAUCAACAUCCUUCCUCCCGCACCGCCGCGGUGUGAGCAACGGUAGCGGUAACCACCUUCCCCCGCCCACCUCGGCCUCAGAAGAUGGGCCCAGUAACGAAUCGAGCUCAUUACGCCGGCCCUUGGGGCGCAGGCGACGUAAAUCCACGGGGUUUCCAGGUUUCACGGCCCGCCGGCGGCGGAAGAGUCAGAGCAACACGCCCACGCUGCAGGAUGCGCUGGGCGGCAUCUGGAAGCUCAAGUGGUGGCGGUCCGACAAGGGCUCCGGCGGUGCGGCGGUGGACGACGGUGCGAGCAAUCCGCCGGGGAGCAGCGGGAGCGGCAGCAUAUGGCCCGUGUUUCGAGACGACCCCCCACCGCCGCCGGAGCAAGGGGAAGGGGACGCUGGAGUUGACGCCGAAAGGGGGAGGGGGAACGGCAGCGGCGACAGGUCCCAGGAUAGAGGGCGGGGCGGCCGUCCGGAUGACGAUUCGCUUGUAUGAGUAUCGGAACACCUGUCAUGUCUUUAUUCCCUUAUAAAACAUUUUCUUUACAUCAUUGAAAGGCCAUCUUCUAAGUGUGCGGGGAAAAGCGGGCUAUCCACACGUGUCAUAAUAUAUCAAACACAUUCUGGGCCGACCUACCAGCGUUUCAUGUACAUAUCACGAGAGUGUUUGUAGUACUAGCUAUUAGGAUCAC